UUGCGUAAGGGAGAUUCCACAUGAUUGUACUUCCCUACCCCUUACCCUGUAGCCGUACCGCGUCCGACUUUGUCAUCGAGUUUUCAUCUACAUGAUUCUGUGGUCAUUGGAGAAUUCGAUCUGUGAACGUGAAAAGCGCAUCUAUGUAAUGUUUGUAUUCGUGUUGCUAGCUCCGAUUCGUUUUGUUGACAUCGUUCGUCAUCGUUUCCGUUUUUCUGUGUUUUUCUGUUCAGCUCCGAAAUGACUUUGGCGUAGUUAAAAAGAAAAUUUCUAAAAACAUAUAGUUGCUCAACAGCAAAACAGAAAAACGGAAACGACGACGAACGAUGUCGACAAAACGAACUGGAGCAAGGAAUAUGGAUACCCUGGAUACCGCUGGAUACCGCUGGAUACCCUGGAUAAAAGAAAGACAAAACUCGAUACAGGUAUUGAAGAGGUCAACGACAUAACCUAUACCAGGGACAAAUGGGAUGAGACUCUGGCCAAGAAGAGAGAGAGAGCUCUACAAGUCCUUCAUUGAUGAUCUUAUUGUCAUUCCUGGAGAGUCGAACCUGGAGACUGGUAGAGUGGAUGUGACCACUGAUGAUCAUUCGUUGAAUCUCGAUCAAAACAGUAAGUGGCAGACGUUCUUCAAGGACAACAAGGUACUGCUGCAGAUCGAUAAGGAUGUCAGGAGGCUGUGCCCUGAUAUAUCUUUCUUUCAGCUGGGCUGUGAGUAUCCUUGUAAAGCCAUUAUGCACAGCAAUGGUCAGAAGAGACUGCAUCAGAGAGUUCAUCACACUGUGUUGAAGAGUGCCAGUGUGGAGGAAGGGUCUGUGAGUUACCAAGAUCGCUGUUUCCGCAAGAAAGGCUGCAGGGGAUUACAUACCACUGGAGGUUGGCAAGGCCCACUGGGAAGUAUUAGAAAGAAUGGGAGAUUCUGCUUUACGAAUCUCAUGGCGGAGAUCAGAGAUUUCUUCAUCAAGUGCCUGGAUAAAGCCAAGUUUGGGAUCAAUGCCAUGAUAAGCAAACUCGAUACACAGGUGGAGAUUCCAAGCAGCAAAGUACUAGAAUGCCAUGGUCAUUAUUAUGCCAAAUUCUGAAGCGUAUAUCUGUAACAUCUACAUUAACGUUUAUGCUUGCGUCUGCUGUCUUUAUGUAAUUUAAUAUCAACAUAAUGUUAAUGAUGUACUUUUAUAUUACUUUAACUUCAUUAUACAAUAUUUCAAAAAAGUUUCACUUGAUUUGAUAGAAUGUAUGUACUAAUCAAGAGAAUCAAUACUGUUUCAACAUAAUAAACUAGAAUAAAAUACUGUACAAGGCAAA